CAAACUUGUGCUUUGUCAAAAUUUGACAAAGCAAAAGUUUGUUAACAUUUUAUGAAAGCCGAUGGAGGACAGCUGGGACUUCCUGCUGCCCUGGUGUCAUCAAGUCUCCCACCGUCUGCGGUAUGUGAAGGGCGCACUAGAGGAUGCGCCCGGGCAGCGUUUCCGUGGAAUUGAAGUGGAACUGCCAAGUUUCCAGCCUUGGAGCGACGAUGAGGAAGUGGUGGAUGGGAAAACUCUGUGUCAAGACUUACGAGAGGCGCUGGGGCUGUUAGCAGCAGUUGCGCACGUUGACAAUGCCGCGUACAAGAAAUUGCUAGUGGAGAGUGGAAAAUUGAAAGUGAGUAAGCAAGAGGAGCAAUUCGAGGGGGAGGUCAUGCCUCGAUUUCAGUUGGCACUGGUUGGCAACGAAGUCGACAGUGAUGGAGAACUCUUGAAAGGAAUACUGGAAUUUUGUGGAACGGAGCAAUAUUCCACUCAAAGUGCAGAAUACAAGCGAACUCUGGUUAAAAUUGCAGCUAGGAGCGGUAAGAAGUUGUGCAUUGGAUCGACGGAAAUUGAGGUUCCGGUUACUGUCCAGUUGGGACCGUGGCUUACGCCGAGCAGUCAAGAGAUGGUAGCGUAUCUUCGAAAGGUGCAGGAGACAAUUAGAACCAUUCGGGCACAGUGGCAGCAGUAUUGUGUUCGAGAGCACCCUCGCCUUAGUGUUGUGUUUGUGCUGGAAUCCAUUAUGGUAGACGUGCGAGACAUUAACAUCAGCGGUGAAUUGGCGGAGCUGGUAGAGAAUCUCGCUCACGAUGGUAUUAGGAUAUCUGGAUUGGCGUUGAGGCAGGAACUUGACUACCAGCUUACGUCGAAUGAAAACUUAGAGAAAGCUCGGGAAACAGUAGGGAAGCUGGUGUUUGGAUUGUUUGGAGGUACGAAGAAGACGGCUUUUGAAAGUGGAGAAUUUGACUUUGAGGCGACUAGUAUCACUGGGCCUCUUGCAGUUGAGUAUGGACACGGCGACCAGCUCGCUCUUGCUUCUGUGCAUUUUGACUGCGAGCCCAUGCAGCAGUGGGUCUUUGAACGGAUGUGCUCAGCUGUCGCGGUAAGCCAGACUACCAAGCAUCUUUCAGUGGGAUUGGAGCUGAACGAUGGAGACAGUGAUGAUGACGGUGAUUGGGCGCUUGGUCGCUGGAGGUGGCAGUGGAUUAUCUUUGCUUGCUUUUCGGAGAAAGCCCGGCUCCAUUCACGACUUGAAAGCCUCACUCUUCACACUGCAGCGAUCACUAACAAAGCUGUGGAGGCUAUGGCUGCAGUACUGGCGUCUGAUGCUCCAGAAGAAGAUCUGCUCGGCUUGCCAAGGCAUUUAAAUGAUGCGUCAAUCGAUAUUUGCAUUAAGGCUGGAUCAACGAUACAGUUGCUGUCGAUGUCCCCAUAUGAAGAGCUCAAUACGAUCCAUUCGUUUAAGUUGGAAAGGGAGAUUUCGGGAGUGAGGCUACUAGGUGAAGUCGAUGAACGUGGCUGGGUAAUUGUCUUGAUUCCCGGGUUCGGAAGAUGCCAGGUGCGGCGCAAAACCUUAAUCUUCAGAGAACUCACGCUUAAACCCAACGGAUUGGCUGGCGUUACAACGCUUACGAUCGAGUUCGGUGGAGAUCCCGACCCAGAAGUCCUGCAAGGUCUGCUGUUACUUGUUGGUGCCUCGCUCACACAUUUAACACUCGAGUUUGAGAGCUUCAAUACUAGCGAGCUGGAAGGAAUCGUAGCAAGUUGUCCGAAUCUCGUCGAACUGGCUGUGUGCACUCAUACUAUCGAGAUGCGCUUUAGCCUCCGCGACAGCAACUACCGGGACUUGUCGCUUGACCCCUCUUCACAUUUUACGUUUACAUCGGAUAUCAUAGGGAUCGCUGAAGCGCUUUGCGACUCUGAGAAUCCACUUGCAAAAUGUACACGACGUCUGCGCGUUCGAAUGGAUCAGAGAGCAUUUUAUCAUCCGUACGACGAGUGCUAUGCUGCUUUGUUGACGAUGCUGGAGUUGAAUCGCACACUGGAGUAUCUGGACGUUGUUGUGCAGCGUCCUCACAUGAUGUACUAUAACAAGCUGAAGUCGUACCACCUCAAGUCUCUCCCUGUGACGCAUUCCGCUCUCUCGAUGAAAUGUAAGGCUGCGUUCUUGAGUGUCAUGGGUACCAGACGUAGUGAACGCCGUGAUACCAAAAAGAGGAGACAACUACCCCUGCCUGUACUUGACCAGCACGUGCUUGUUGGCAUCUUCGAAUACGCAGCAGCACAUAUAACUCGUCGAGUUUACUUCCGAGAGUAUGAUUUCUUCGAGACUGGACGCUUUUUCGUACCAAUCUGACUCACAUGAUUAGAUAUCUGAGGGAAUGAAGCGUUUACGUGUUGCGUCACGCCCUAGGUGAUUACUUCUGAAGUACCUGCCUCCGUCAACGAUGUGCAUGAGAAAAAAAAAAACUGUUUCACAGCACAUACAACUAUGAAGGUGUUAAAAUAAAAGAAUGUGUUGUUGUGUUGCGAGUUCAACAAUCUGCAAACGUUUUCGGAUCCCGUGAUACCUCGAAGUACAUGUAGGAUCCCCAAGAAAAGCAAAUGCAUUUUAGCUAAAUACAGCACUACUAGUAGUUUUAUUAAAAAAAAUACGAGUAGUUUUGAGGUA